AUGGCGGUAAGCCACGAUGGUUUGCUUCGAGUGUCUUCUUGCCCAGGACAACUGCAAAUGUCCUGUGCAGGCGAUUUCCUCGCUUUGCCUCUUACAAAAACUAUAAUAGGUGUUUGGUGGCUUGGAGACUUAUCAAGAAAGGUAUGUUACUGUCUUGUUUAAAUUAUUAAUAUCCGAUCUAUGGUCUUAGUUACCGUGUGUCAACUGUUUGACCGGCAACUGAUGUUCGUGUUAGAACGCACUGGUUUAUAACAGACCAGCUGGUCAUGUCACUGUUCUUCAUGGAAAGAAUCGCUAUGCAGUAUCAUCAGAAGCUCUGUUGGUUUUGAUUGCUACCUACCUUUAGCUUUUGAUUCUUAAAGUUGCAGUCCUCACUGUUUGAGUUAGAAGGAAUGCACCAACAGCUGUAUGCUUGUAUUGUAUGUAGUUAAUCCUCCCCUCACCCCACAUUUUGCCCUAGGUAAGUAGUUUGUGUUAAACUUGAGUUAGGAGAGGGGUAGGUCAGAAGUUUACCAGUAACUUACACUAAAUUCCUUAGUUGCUGCUUUGGAACAAAUCAGCUGUUGUAUUGAUAAUGGAAAUAAUCCAUUCUUUUUGGAGUGUCAGUGCGAGUGCCAUAGACCUAAUCAUGGGUUUUGAAACCAUCUUGCUCAGUAAGCAGGCGGGUGAGAAAUGAUGUCAUCAUUUGUAUGUCUGAGAAUCUGAUGUCAAAUAAUUUUAGUGAAUAGGCUUUUCUAGAAAAAAAAAAGUGAAUCCCAAAAUCACUUUUUCAGAUAGAGUGUAAUUAUUAUUUGUAUAUUAUAUACAAUUGUCUGUAAAAAAUUCCCUCUGGCUGACUCAAAUUUCCUUUGAAUAGUUUACUAUAAUUAAUGUAUGGAAAUUCUGUAACAAGGUGCAGCUUCUAGCUAGCAUAGGUCUAGCUGUGCAAGAAGAUACCUCUGCCUUGUAGCAUUAGUUUACAGUUCAAUUUUUUUUAAGAACAGAUGUUAUACACUGUAGCAAAAUUAUUCAACAUCAGAUUUUCACAUUACAUACCUAACACUGUAAAUAUCUUGCACAUACUUAGCCAUUAAGAGGGUAUAAAAAACUGUUAUAUGGUCUAUUGUCACUCUUGAUAUAUUUGUGGUUAGGAUAAAGUAUUUUUAAGUAAGUUGCCUGGAGCAUGAUUUUUUGGGUAAGCGUAGUUUUGAGGAGGACUAUUGUUGACAUUGACUGAUGUUUUGACAACCAGUGUCGUAGUCAUCUUCACACUCAAAGAUAUUAUCAUUGUCAUAAUCAUCAUCAUCACCAUGACAACCUGUGUGGUAGUCAUCUUCACACUCAAAGAUAUUAUCAUUGUCAUAAUCAUCAUCAUCACCAUGACAACCUGUGUGGUAGUCAUCUUCACACUCAAAGAUAUUAUCAUUGUCUUCAUCAUCAUCAUCAUCAUCACCAACAUGAUCAUCAUGAUUAUCAUUUUUAUCAUCAUCAUCAUCAUCAUCAUCAGCACUCUUCAUGCCAGCAUAAGGGUAUCACGCUGUCUGUCCAGCCUACUUUGUCUUUUAUGGAUGGCCUCUUUUACCCUUUGAGAGUUUCACUGUGGGUACUAAUGCAGUCAAUAAAGCGUUGAAAACUGUUUCAAAGGAGACAGACUGCAAAUAAUUAUCGAUGUUGCUGGAAAUAUCUGUUUGCCAUAACUAUUCAUCAUUAGGAUACCUACUAGAAACUAUAUAAGUGUAUUCAUUUGCAGAACCUCAUGAAGCUUAAGGGAGUCAAACCCAUAAAUGUCAGGGAUGGAAAGGGGGGGGGGGUCCGGGAGAAUUGGAGUACCUUUUUUGCUCAAACAAUUGACAUCCCUUAAUUAAUCGGCUCCCUCAAGCAAUCGCCCACCCCCCCACCCUUUAACAGAAAUACUUAAAAUAAUCGCCUUCUCCGAAUAAUCACCCCUCCCCUGCCCCUCUAACCAUCUUCUCUUCCUUUUAUCCCCUCUCUGUCAAGUUGAAGUGCAAGGAGUUUCAGCACCGACCAUCAGCAAAACUGGUCAGUGAUGAUUCAAGCUCUGAAAAUUAUCAGGGAACUAUAUUUGGAACACUUUUGUCUUAAAAAGCCCAUAUUCGUGUUAUUUGACAUGAUUAUUUUUGGAUUUUAAUGGACAAAAAAAACCUAUUUAGGGCACGACUUCCAGUGUCAGUGAGCAAUAAUUAUUUGAAAUAAUCGCCUCCAUCGAAUAGUCACCUUCCCUCAAAUAAUUGCCCUCUUUUUGUGCAAAAAAAGAAAUAAUCACCCCCAGCUAUUGUUCGAGGAAACACGGUAAAUUGUGUAACUGGGGAGGGCAGAUUUCAACACUGCCUCUAACAACGGAAAGUGAGAUGAAGGUAAUAUCCUUUUUUUGGAGUAAAUUUGAACCCAAUAAUGUGCAAUUCUAUAACAUUGGUUUCAUCGCCAAUAACAAUUUAUUAUAAUAUUUUUAAGCCAUUGCAGUUAUCAGGACAUAGCCAAGUGAUUAGUGCAACUUGCUUUGGACAGAAAACCAGGCCACUUCUCCUUUGCACAGCCUCUGAGGACUUCAUCUUUAUCUGGAACAUUGACAGAAUUCUUGCUGUUGAUAACAUAAGUGAGUGCAUAUGUUACAGGUCAAAUUACAAUGAGGUUAAUAUUUUUUAACUUAGGUUGAUUCUCAAUUUUCUUUGUCUGGUAGACUAAUUCCUGAAUAAUUAGGGAUAGAAAACAAAAAAAAUUGAGAAUCAACAUAAAGGUUAAAAAAUUUUAAGAAAGUUUUACAAGACGAUGGUGUUGUAAAACUCAGUCAAUGGAACAUGUCGCAAUUGACCCUGUGGAGCAUCUCUAGGUGAUGUACUUUAGACCCGUAUAUCAAUAGUUACAUUGUUGAUAGAUGUAGUUACAUUCUUGAGUGAGUUUUGUAAGUGUGUAGGCAUUCCCAAAAUUAGCAAAAGCAAGACCAAGAAUGGACAGAAGUUUAUAAGGAUUAACUUUUUCAAAGAUCCAUUAUAUAACUAUAUUGACUUGUAUGACCAUGCAAGACAAAGGAAAACAUAGAUUAAAUCACUAUCUAGAAGAAAAGUAUUUCUCUUUGGAAAACUUAUUGUGUUAUACACUGGAUAGUGAUUAUCAGAUGGAUAGUGUUAUCCAGCUUUUUAACAACUUGGGCCAGUUUUUUUUCUUUUUGUUCAUGGAGAAAGGCUCUGUAGCAGAGAUCAACAGUAUGGUGAUUGCAUUGUUUUAAAUUCCUAUUGAUAUCUUUUUCCAUAGCUAGUGAUCACAGUAGUGGUAUCCCUGUGGGCAAAGACCUUGGGUGUGUCCAACACCUUAGUUUCAGUCAUACAGACAGACUGUUAACAGUGUGUAUUAAAAAGGAAAUAUGGGUCCUCAAUAUCCAGGUUAGUAGCAAACUAGAGUUGCUACACAUUAGGACAUACCAGUAGUCAGGGUGAUAAAACCUAAGGUUAUAGGAGAGUUGUAUUCUAUGAGAUGACGUCGAUGCCUAACAGAAAAAUCCAUUGGCAGGAUAGUAUUUUCAUCUCAGUAAAUGGCUUUCAGAAAAAUGGCUUUCUUUUUUUAUAUUGACAAAUUGCCACUGUGGCAUGUAAAGUGUGAAAAACAUAAGUUUACAGAUACAAUGUAUAUGUAGAACUGUAUUUUUUUCUUAGAUGUUUUUUUGCAAAUCAAUUAUUGAUAAUGGGCUUGGAAUGGACAGUUUUAGAGACUAGAUUCUAGACUAGGGAAUUCUUACUUUAGUUAGUGAAAAGUGAGAGAAUUGACUGGAGUUCUUCAAGAUUUUCAAAUUGAUAUCAGCUUGACAUAAAAAAUAUAUAUAUUUCUAACUUGCACUAGUUAGUUUCACAUUUAGUUUGCUUUAAACAUUUUGAAGAAAUUGUGGGAAACAGACUUUUUUCAUCCCUUGUCAGACAAUCUAACUCCUCAUUAUUUAUUAAUGUUUUGUACUAUAAAAUAAUGCCUUGAUUAGAGUUUGGUACUGUAAACAUGAACUUGAAAUUUUACAGUGAAUUUUUUAUUCAUCUGAUCUGUUUCUUGCUGAUUUUAGACAAGCAAGUUGGAUACUCUUUUGGAAGGACACACCAGUCUGGUGACUUGUGCACAGUUUUGCCCCAAUAAAGAAUCAAUUAUUGUGUCUAUAAGUGAAGACAGAACAUUUAAGGUUAUGAACUUUUUGUGUACUAAAUAACUUUUUGUUGUCCCGGCCUGUAACAAGCAUGAAGAGUUAUCAAUGCAGUGAUGUUAUUUGGCAACAAGCAUGUGUCAGAAACAAGUGAACAGUGUUAGAACUAUUGCUGGACACUGGAGAAUGGUUGAAAAAAUUAGAUGCAAUUAGGAGCCAGAAGCUGGAGCCUGCAACUCCCAUACUUAGCAUAUGCAACAGUGUUUUCACCAAUCAAGUUAUUUUUAGCAUCAUUUUUGAGCACUUUUCCCCAUGAAAAUGGAAGCACUGUUCUAUAUGCAUAUGCAUUGAUAGUAUGGUCAUUACAAAUUGAAGAAGUAAAUGCUAUCGAAACAUCAGAAAUACUUUUUUCUGGGGCCAGUUUCCGGUUUUUGAUGACUGAUUUGUAAGACUUAUUUGAUAUUCAAACUUUGUGGAAAAAUUGUUCUAAAAAAUAGACUGGUCUGUGAAAACACCAUUACAUGGUACUAGGGAGUUUCUUGCUCCCGUUUAUUAAUAAAUAAUAAUAAUUAAUGAUAAUAAUAAUAAUUAUAAUAUUAUUUUUAUUACUAAUUUAUUUGUUUUACUAACUCUUCAAGUUGUCCACCAUAUGUCAGACAAAAAUGUGUUUUUGUAUGGGUGUUUGAUGUAGCUUAUAGUCUUCAGCUUUUCAACAUGUACAUGUAAUUUAUGAAAAACUUUACAGCAAAUUACCACUUUUCACUUUUUUGAUUUAUUAAUUUUGUAAAAUAUUAAAUGGUUUAAAUAAUUUUUAUAAAAUAUAAAUUAAUAUAAAUUACAAAUUUUUAAUGUGUAUCCUUAUUGGUAAGAGUACCUGAUAAUUACUAUUUGCAGGUUUGGGAUAUAGAUCAGUCAUGCCUAGUCUAUCAGUCAGCCAUUUUGUCAGGUACAAGUCAUUUAAGUUUUUUAAAAACAUAUGUUGCACCCAUUAAAUUUCUUGCCUUGUUAUUUGUUAAUCUUUAUUUUUUUUACAUUAAAAGUCUUUGCACCCGAGGAUACUUGGGUGCAAUUUUGAUUGUGUCAUGUACACAUGGCUUGUUGUAUUAUAAUCCCUUUUUUCUAAAUACAUGAACAUGUAUCAUGCUUUUAAGUUGACCCUUCUAAACAUCUUUCAGCUCAUCCCUUCAUAUCUCUGGCUAUUGAUCCUGUCCAAGACCAGAUGGCUAUUGGCUCUGCAGAUGGAAAGGUAGUAGUGCUUAAAUGAGAAUUUCUUACUAAUGUUGAAGAAACCAUCACUGGUAGCCAGACUGCAUUGGGGAGUUGCUGUUGUUCAGUGUCUUCUUAACACUUUCAUUUUUUAUUAAUAUUAUUAUAGCCAAGGGAAAAAAUUACCAAAAUUCAUAUUUCCUUGAACAAAAUCUUAAGAAAUAAAAGCACUAUCCAAAAGUUCUGCAAAAGCAGCAUGCAAAGAAAGUCAUGUCCGAUAGCCCGCGGCUAGUGGGUUUUGCAAUCGGGCUAGUCAUUCCUGUUCUUAACUUGCCUGAAGGGCAAGUGAAGUUUUUGGGGAAAUUCAAAAUACAGAAGAACUGUAAUCAAUUCUGCUCAUCAAAAAUUAUUUGGACUACUUAAAAGACUCUUGGGCUAGUACAUACUAGCAACAACUUGCCUGAAUGACAAGCCGUAAAACUAACUUUCUUUGCAUCCUGAAAAGAGGUUUCAUUUCAGUAGUAACAACAUAGAAUUUCGUCCACACAUUAAAAUAUUAGAGUGCAAUUAUCAUCAUCAUCAUUAUCAUUAUUGAGCAUUGUGCAGAUUUAACACUUCAGUCAAAAAUGCUAUUUCUUUUUUUAUUUCUCCUGUGAAUUAUAGGUUCAUAUGUAUGACCUUACUUAUGAUGGUGGCUUCCACUGCCUGUUUGAGCUGGAUAUUGGAAAAUUGUUGCAAAAGUACUGGGAUCAGAAGGAAAUUUCUGCUGCUACAUGUUAUAAAGGACCAUCAUUUAUAAGCAGUCAACCAGCCUGGCAGAAAGAGCAUAUUCCAGAGGAGGAUAAAGAGGAUGCAGUUGAACUAGAACCUGGAACAGCUGUGUUUGGAAUAUAUUUUGUCGAGAAUCCAGAGCAGCCAAAUGCUGGAGUACAGAGUGAUAUGGCCUUAUAUGAAGCUGUUUUUGGGCCACAAAAUAAAGCAGCUAUCAAGUAAGAAACAUCAAGUGGGUUAUAUGAUGAAAGAAAAAAUUAAUUACAGGGUUCCAAAUUUUGGUUUUAAAAUGAGGCAAUGGGGCCAGAUUGAACAAGGCACCCUUAGUUGAUAUAAACUAUUUAUAUGGCCUCCAAAUUGUUAUUGUUGUUUACUUUUAAAACAUCAAUGCAAGUGGGGAAUUGUCACAAAUUACAAUAAUGAUUAUCCCGCUAGAUUCUUUUGGAUACAAUGUAAUUUUUUCUUCAUAAAAGUUAGAACCUAAAUAGACUAAAUUUGUGCUUAUUACCCUUAUUAUGUAAGAAUCUCUUUCUAUGACUAACCUGGGAAAAUCACCAGGUUCUUACUCACAGGUUUUUAAUGUACAUGUAUUUGAGAUUAAGAUGAUUCACAUUUACAGAAAUGCAUAUAUAACACAUGUUUGUGUCACUAUAACCUUUUUUUUUUCAUUUUUGUAGAGAUGUAUUCCAUGUUCCCUCCAUUGUAGCCAUAGCAACCUCAGCCUGCAUUAUACUUUUAAACUGCAAUAGCAGAGAGCCACUUUACUUUCUGGACUUUCAAGGUGAACUACUGUGUAAUGCUGUUAAACUGAUGCUGACCAUGUCUGUCACUUUAAUCUUAAAACAGCUGCCUUUGGUGCUAGACACCUACAUUCUGAUUUCUUUUGAGCAGUAAUAAUACACUUUGUGUUGAUAAUUUCGUUGUUUAUACUACUACGUGAGAAAUUUCUGCAAUCUGAUUGGCUUAGAGCAGUGGUAUUUCAGCUUAAUUUGAAAUACCUACAUGUGAAAAUUACAAACCUUCUGUGGGUAGUAGUAUAAACAAAUAAUAGCAUGAUUUGUACGUGAUAUUUGGCAUAAAUACCACUCGUGAUAUUUCAAAACUGUGUCAAAUUUCACUCGCCUAACGGCUCGUGAAAUUACGUAUAACAAUUUCGAAAUAUCACUCGUGGUAUUUAUGCCAAAUAUCACUACAAAUCAUGCUAUUACCUAUACUGAUAGAGAGGAGAAGUCAUUAUGUCAUGUUGCCAUGGUAGCAAAAUUUCUGGAUCUCAACUAACUGUUGUCCUGCAAACAUGUCAAAAAAAAGACAUGACUUUCCUGUGCAUGAUUGCACUCAGGGACAAAACGGUAGUCCAUACUUUUCUUCCAUCAUUUGACAAUGCAAAUGGCCGUCUCUGUCAAGAAACAUUGUCGAAUCUCGAAAUUUUGCUACUAUGGCAACAUGACAUAACGACUUCUCUUCUCUAUUCUUCUCUUAAUUUAAUGAUCUAUACAGAAAUUCAACCAAGAAAGUUCUUAAGUAAGUUCUGCUCUGUUGGAAGUCACUCGAAAUGUUUUUAAAGCAGCAAGGAAAAAUCUUAGCCUUAAGGGGGCUAUGUCACGAGGACAUAAUUUUCAGUUUUACUGUGGGUCAGUUCUGUGCAAAAGUCGUUACCUUAAUAGUGCCUUUACUAGACUACGAGCAGUCUCCCUUUAUUCUUGGUCCAUCGAGCAAAACGCGCAAGACACGCAAAUGACCAGCGUGAGUUUGAAGGCGCGAGAUGGGAGCGCUCUUAUUUCUCGUGUCUCAAGGCUUCGAAGCUCGAUGCUUGCGUGCGCGUGCACUCCCCUCACUAAAUCUGUAGAAAAGGAAAGACUGCUCGCAGUCUAUGUCUUUACCCAAACAUAAAAUGCUCUUGUAGAGUUGCGAUGAAAAUAUCAGACAAAUGAACCAUAAUAAUUUUUUUGGUGAUUUUUGCGACCAUACUAUUAAAACUUGAACACGUUGGGCCAAUUUUUUCACAUUUCAAUCCAUGUCUAUCCUUGCCAUCAGUUGCAACAGAUGACAGGAAACAGUUUCAAUGCAUAAAAUAAUAUGGUCUUAAAUGACAAAAGUGGACCAUUAUUUUUGGAAUUAUAUUGAUGCCAUGAAAUUUUUAGCUUUUUAUAGAGAUAGCAAAUAGCUUAGGUAGACCUCUUUAAACCAACCUUAAAAAGCAGCUUCUUUAUUGUUACAGAGCCUGUUUUAUCCAGUGAUGAGCUGGAUGAAGUUCAGUAUAACAUUUCAACUCCUGGUUCAUUUGCCUUUACUCAGAGGCCCGACGGUAGUGUAAGUUUUUUUUAAAUUCUUUAAUUUGGUUGAACACCAUUUACCACGCAUAAAUUUGAAGGAGAUUUUUUCAUUCAAAAUAUAUUUCUCCGUUUCUGACUGGUUUCAGUCCCCCGGCUUAUUCUCCAUGUCCAGCUAGCGUUGACCAAAUUUGAAAGACGUUUGCUAUAUCAGGUAAAACGACGUCAAUGGUGCCGGAUAUCGCCAGAAAAAGGUACGGCAACGGGGAGGCUCUGCGGUACGAUGUUACAUUAGAUUAGCUGUUUUGGUAAAGCUGGAGAAAAUGACGGUGAAUUUCAAACGUUUUGCAAGGUAGAAAUAGCCGAACCACAGCCUAAAAACGUGGAAAGAAAAGCAAAAAUACAACUCGACCGACGACACCUGCCAUUUCUGUUAUCUAAAGAAUAUCUGCUAACUUAAAUAUCCAUUGACAUCCUGAUAAAGGUAUUAGCUUCUUUUAAAGUCUGAAUUUUUUUGAACUAAUAAUAAAACAGUGAUUGUGUUCGGUUUUCGUUUGAUCUAAAGAAUUGUGCUGACUUGGAAAAAUGAAAGCAAGCUUCUUGUCGAACAAAGCGAUUACGUGCUUCGAUCAGCUCUUUAUGAGUCCUCAUUGACUUACACGCUGAUAGUUUAUAGAUUCAUCAUCAAUGAAAAUAAUUGUCCCUCUGUCAUUUAAAUGAUUUAACAAAGUAACAAGUUUUCAAAUCAGGCAAGUUCACCUUGAAAGAGCUUAUAAACUUCAAUCUGUUUUAUUUUUUUUCAAAUAUCAUUUCAGGUCACUUGUAUGAUCGGCAGCUUGUUCCAAAACACUGUUAACGUCGUGAAUAUUAAACUGCCAUUGAUUAACAAGGAAAACGAAAGUGUCUCUGAGGUAACUCUUGAUAACUUUUUUUCUCUAUAAAGGGGUAAAUUCAAUAAAACUUUACAAGUGUAAUGUACAAUCGUAGGUAUGUUUUCAAACUCUAAAACGGCAGCAACACUUGUAAAAGUUUCAUUGAAUUGACCCCAGCUUUCUGUGUAGACUUUAAAAUUAAACAGUUUGUAAACGGAAUUUUUUCUUAAUUUGUAGUGUUUUCCCUUUGUUUACUAGGUCUUGUCUCAAAGGUUUUCGCAGUCAAUAGGUCUCAGUUCCCAUGGUAACCAGGAUGAGGAGACACCAGGCUUAAGAGGAGCAGAGAUGACCUCAACGACCACUAUCACCGUCCUUUCCAAGUAUGUUGUUUUAUAUUUGCUGGUAAAAAAUAUCAAUUGUAAGCUAAAGCUACAAAGCAAAGGAUUGCACUAAAAAAUUUUGGGGCCGUACCUGUGCUUAAAUUUCUCCGGAGGCUUGCUUUAGAUUUUCCACAUACUUGUCUGUAAUUUUUCCUGGGACUUAGUUACAGACAAAUGUAUAGAAAAUUUUAAAAAGUGGUUCUAGGUCUUCUAGCGCAUGUAACGCCCUCAAUUUUUUUCAGUAGAAUCCUUAGGAGGAAAGCUUUAGUUUACAAUCGAUAUUUUUUUCAAAACAGCCGUUUUACGGAAAUUAUUCUACAUUAGAUUCUCAUACAAACACUGUAAUUUCUCACGCGUUUGCCUACUCGUCAAGAUGGCGUCGAAAACCGUGACAAGUUCUAUUAAGCGUCUGCAGACCCCUUUUCAGUUGACUGUCAAAAACUCAAACCUCGUCCAGGCCAAACUAGUAGACAAAACCCAGUGCACCAAUCAGAAGUCGACGUAAAUACAUGCAACUGGCGAAAAGAGCGGGAAAAACGAGUGCGCGCCGACAAUCCCGAUUGAAUUUGAGCCAAUUACAGAGAAUUUAAUAACAGGAAACCAAUUCAAUUCCGAAAUAAAACUUUCCAAACUUUAUAUUGACACCUGUUUUUAAGCGAAAAGGGAAAAUAAAUGACUUUUGUUAAAACAAGUGUGACUAAAAUAUUAAAAUCAAACAAUUAAAUUUCUUGCAGUUCCCCCUUGUGCAGCAACUCGCCAUUGAAGGCGGAGCUUGUUCCAAAAGCAGCGACGAAACAACACCAACAGAAAAAGCCGUCACAAAAAGGUGCUUGGUGACCUGUGUAGUGUUUGUACCAUAUUCCUAGGGAUACUGUUGAACCACAUUGCAUUGUAAAUGCUUCUACAAACAAGAUCGAUUUUUUCGUGUUUAUUGCAAUAGGCUGUUUCAUGAUUGCCUUCAAUAUGUUUCUGUACAUAUCAUUCACAGCGCUUUCAAACUGGCAACUGAGUUAAAUUCAGUACUGUUUAUUUUCCAAGCUUUUUUUUCUUGUACAGUUAAACCAUUGCUAAUUACCACUUAAUUUAAGGAAACCCAAAGCGAGAGCCAAGGACUUUUUUUAAGUUCAACAGGUACUAUAAGAAUGACGAAAAUUUGAGCGACUGAGCUAGAUCACUUCAAUGAACUGUCAUCCCCGCAUACCGACCAUAUCUCCGUCCCCACUUUCUGACCAGUAUUUUUUCGAGUUCGUGGUAAACGGUCUUCACUUUGUACAUGAGAAACUAAUGAACUCAAAAGUUACAUGAAAUUAAGAAAAGGGCUUGGGUGUUCCUCGUAUGCACAUAAAAAGUAAUUUUAAUGCAUUAAGAAACUAGGUUAAGGCGAGUCUUGUCACAAGGGUUCUGUGAGUGUAUGUCAAAAGGAUGCUAUAAAACGGUUUGUAUCUGAUGUUUCAGGGAAAACAUCAGGCGUUCGCGACAAGCCACUAACUUUUCACUCGAAAGUCAAAUCGUCUGGUUACUCUUCUGCUCCAAGGUAUGGUUUGGCAGUGUAAUUUAUAUUUAACCUUUAAAUCUUGAUAGUGACCAAGAUCAAUUUUCUCCUAACAAUAUCCAUGAAAUGUCAAGAAAUAAGUUAUAUGAAUUAAUAAAAUGAUCACCUAAGAGAAAGUGCCUUGAUCUAUUAUCAAAUUCUCGCAACUAAUUCUUUAAGGAAAUGUAUGGAGACCAGUGUGGAGAAUUUGUAUGUGGAUACUGGGGCUUAACGGUUAAAGGAGAUGAAGAAAUAAAUAGUGACUCGUUGGGACCUCGGAAAAAGGUGACGCAGCCACUUAACAGAGGGUGACCGCUUAAUUAAUAUAGGUCAAUUUUACCGUAAAAAAAUGAUUUACGAGACUUUGGUAAAUGACUUCGUAAAAGAGGUGACCACUUUUAAGUGUCACACCGACAGCUUUACAGUAGUUUGGUGGGUGGCCGUUUAUUACAGAUUCGUUUAGAUAACACAGGUUAGACUGUAAUUACAAAUCCAGAUUCCCGUAAGACUGACACCACUCAAAAUACUAUGAUUUUCGUUCUCCCAACAAGCCACUUGUCAAAGAAUGCUAGGCAGAAUUCCUCAGCAGGUGAACAAGCCAAGUUUAUUACCGGUACUUUCGUAGAUUAUUAGAUAAGCUCUAAGUGUUAACUUAUUACUGGCCCGUUUCUGUUGCAAAAAAUUAAUGAUCUGUACCAAAAGAAGGAAAAAUUCUUAAACUUAUACUCUGAAUUUAUCCUUCGAGAAAUACCGAGAUUACGAAUAUAAAGAAAAUACCGAUGUAUAUAAUGAAGCCACGUUCGUGUUCAUUUUUCAGAUCUAAAAUGUUCUCGCCAAACACUAACAUGUCGAACAGAGCGUCGUCGGUCUCCUUGAAAAGGACGAAUGCCUCUUCUUCAAGUGUUAGGUAAGUUAUAAUUGAGGAAUUCUACGCUUUUUUCUACGAGAUGAAUGAAAAUUUGUAGCAGGAGUCCAUAUGGUAUUCAAGGGCGUUAGAUUUUAAGCCUAGUUUUGAUUCCUUUUUCGGGAAAUUUGCCUUGAUAGUUACUACUGGAAUUGCUUCCUUCGCUCAGAAAAUCGGAUGACUUUGAACUCAAGUAUUUAAUUGAAGCAACUACCCUCGCUUGAGACUUAUCUUCCAUUGCUGUUCAUUUAGUGGGAAUUCUAUACUCUGCACUGAUUGGUUAAGAGGUCUUUUUUUGGCGCGAAAGAUGUUCCUAUAAAUAGCCUGACAGUCUAUAACGCUGUCACCCAGGCCUAGAAGAGUGAUGAAAGCUUUUCGAAUGGAAUAAAGGGACGAAUGAAAUCUUUUACAGGUUGAUGAAUUUUUAUUAAUAAGAUCACUGUAUUUUGCGGCAUUUUUGCUUCUAUGGCCGGUUGCGGCUUAAAACGUAGCAGGCUUUCUAUUUCUCAGUUGAAAUUUCCCUUUUAUCAUAGGUCACCUCACAAGGAGUACCCUAUGGACAGCGAGGCUCCGACAAAUUUGCAACAUAGAAUACCGCUUACAGAGCAGCCAACUCCUGUUAACAGCCUCGUAUUUGCGGGUAGGGGAGCAAAAUUGAAAACUUUUAUAUCCGAUAUAAAUAUUCAAAACCAGGCAAAUCAGUUAUUAGAACUUAGGCCAUUCCGAGGUUGGGUCCCCCAAAACAGUCCCAUAAUGCAAUUCGAAUUCCCAGUUUCAAUCACAAACUCAAAAUAGUCGUGCAUCUAAUGCCAAGCUCUGGAAAAUGCGCCCCUCGUGUCGAGCGCGAGUAAAACACGCAACUUUGUUUCCUAUCGACUAAAGCAUGCUGCGGAGAAUCUGCUCGAAACAAAGCGCGUUAAAACUAGUGCCAAUGGCGGGAAAUCUUUUAACUGUUGCCCAGUAACUGAAUCUAAGCACGAACAAACAUCUGCCACUCGGAACCAAUCUCUGCAAAAUUUAUACCGCUGCCAAACGAGGGAACACUCGCAUGAGCCCCACGUCGAGAAGGAAACUGGGCCGAGUUAACUUUCGUAAAGGUUUCUGGGACAGUUAAAGCUGACCAGCGCCUCCCCAGUAACAAUCCCAGAAACAAUUGCGGGGAACAUUUCGGUUCCAGCUCCCUUCUUGUUUUUUAUAAUGGCAAAUAGUUUACUGAUCAUCGUUUUAGUUCACACUUUUCUUUUGUUGCCUUAUUUCCUCAUUGUUGAAAUGUUUCUCCACAGGGGAUGGACGACAUCUAGCCUGUGCACUGGCGAACAACAGCGCUCACGUAUUAAGAACUCCACCUUCAAGCAAGGAGACAGUAUUCACUGGUCAGGUUGUUUAUUGUGGCCACUAUAAGCCCAACUGCUCGUUUUGAAAAUCUCGCUUACAAAAUGAGCUGAAUCAGCUUACUUUAGAGCGCUUUGCUAACGGCUGAAUAAAAAGUUGCUGUUUGAGCGAAAAAGUUUAAGUUGGAAUGAUCUGUGGUUGAUCUACGGCCAGGCUAUGCGGUACUCAAUGAUUAGCUCUGCGUUGCUUUUUCCCCUUUUUUAAGGUCAUGCGCUUAAGACAAGGGCGUACCCAUCCAUUUUGAAACGGGAGAUCUAACUCUUCUGACGCUACCACCCAAGAAACAGCAGACUGAGAGUGAUGGACACUCGAGUAGCGUGAAGUUUGCAAGUCUUGCGCGUAUGCAAAUCUUAACGUCGUUGGUACAAAUGGUGAAAGUAGAUUCAUUCUUAUCAAGCCUGCUUGGCAGGCGCGUUCGAGAACUUUAUACGCACGUUAUAAUCACUCCUAAGUAAGGUCUGUUUACCAGCCGCUGUUCGGGAAAUGAGCCCGCGCUCCUUCCCCGAAAAGGCGAACCCGAGAGAUCGGCAGGAAUCAAACCCAAUCGAGCGCCUUAAUUCCACUCUUUACAUACCCUUCAAAUGACUGUCACGCAGGUUAAUUCUUAGCAGACGGUGCUUGUGUGUUGCCGAUUGUCUCAAAUUAAGGCUGACAAAAAUUUGGAAAAAAUAUCACGAGAGUCGUACAAUAAUCAAGAGGGAACUAACACCUUCGAAUUUGUUAUUUAUCCUGUUGUAGGCCAUGAUGGCUCAGUCACAAGCGUAAAUUUCAGCCACGACAAUAACUGGCUUCUGACGUCAUCAUGUGACAGGACAGUUAGACUGUGGAGUCAUAGUCAGUCGGACCCUUUAUUGACAUUGUCAUCUGUCAAUCAUAACUUUGCCACUGAAUUGGGUAGCUCUGCUAAGUUAAAGGUUAGUGGUUUGAUAUACUUUGGAGAUCCCUUGUUUGCCUCAGGGGGCAACGAACUGUAACGAAGUGUAUGGGGGAGUCACGAGAACUCACGCGAAAACCUCACACGAAAGGAAACGCAGCUUCACAGCUCGCUUGUUCUCUUGCGGGUCGCUUUGCUCGCCAAAAUUGGAGAGCUUGAUUGCAAGCUAGUGAAAUCCAGUGAGUUUGGUUUGAAUUUCUUAACUCAUUAAGAUCUGAAGUGAUGAAUAUAUUAAUCUCAUACAUUUGAACCGCGGAAUAUAGAAAUAGAGUUAAGGAAGAUCAUCAUAGUCAAGGAAGUCACUGCAUAAGAUGCGUUUUUAACUGCGAUGAUCUUCUCUACAUUCAUUCCAUUAAGAUUUGGUCUUUGAGUCUCGAAAAAAAUGAAGAAAAAUUUAAAAUUUACUUUCGGGAAGUAAUUUUAAAGGUUGGGUUUCUUUAGAAUGUUCCGAAUCAGGAUUGAUGAUCCAAGAUCACUCGGAUAGUGUGAUAGUGGUACAAAAAAGGAAACGCUAAAUCCUUUGAUGCAUUGAUCCGAGUGAUCAUGAUAUAAACCUAAUCUGGACCGUCCCGCAGGAACGCACCCUGAACUUGUUGGUUACUGUAUCUUGGUUCUUUAUUUAUCGAUUUAUUUGUUUACAGGACAACCCAUUGUUUCCUAAAGAAAUAACCCAAGCAAAGUUUUAUUAUGUCGACAAAUUUAUCCUUCUUGCCUGCGGAAACGGUCUACAUAUGUACAAAUACCAUAUUGAUGCCGGACACAAAGAUGACGUCAAAAGGUGAGGUCAGCAGUGUACUCCUUUGGCGCAUGCGACGUUUGAUAACAGUUUGGGUUGUUGUUUAUGUUUAUAUGGAUGAACAUUUGACCAAUAGGAAACGGGUGCGGGUUGGGAAUAAUAAGCGCAAAGCACGCUAACUGAACUACAGUCUAACCUCUCCUUACGGAAACCUCUAUAAUACGGUCACCUCUCUAUUACGAACAGUUCGUUUGGUCCCAGAAAUGCCAAAAAUCAUAUAUUCCUUACCUCUAUAAUACCGACACCUCUGUAAAGCGGACUCUUGGUUCUGUCCCUUUGGUGUCCGUAUUAAAGAGGUUUGACUGUAUGCGGAAAAAGAAAGCAAUUUUUUUGCCUUGAAAUGUUAACAGGAGGGCAACGGAACUAAAUCAAGGGACAAACUUAAAGGUAGCUACUUGAAUGAUUAGCAAGUGGAGAAAAAGACACGGAGUUUGGUCAGUUGGUUUAGUGAGCUACAGUAUUAAAGUGACAGACUAGGCUUUCUCUAUGUUGACUUAAUUUUAGUGGGAAGAAAAGGUAAAAUCACGAUAAAUCACGAUAAUGUUCACACUCAAAUCGUUUUAAUCUUACUUGCAGUUUCAGUUAAGGCUGUGACAACGAUUUUGUUACCCAGCAAAGGGACACCUUGAACUUAGUAUCCAGAUUUUAGUUUCUGCUUUUAUGGUUCUGAUCAUAAAUGACGAUGAGAUUUUUCCUUGUGUAUAGGUAUCAGUCGAACAACAAGUACAAAUUGGUGAAGAUCCUUCAACAGGAAAGGGCCCAACAAAUCACCUGCUUCUCCGCAAUAAAUGGAUUUCAUUCCUGUAUCCUCUAUCUUGUGUGUUCAUUAUUCUUCGUACUCAUCAGUAAUGACUACAUGAAGGACUGCAACUUCGUUCUCAUGGUCCUUUCCUACUUUCUCUCUCCGGGGGCCGAAUUGGACAGAACCCUGGGAACGAGGUUGGAAGAAUCACACCAGGCGUCAGCUCGUAAAAAUAAUCACGUUUUGUUACGUAGCAACUUCAUCCGGUGUUGCAUGUAGUAGCAUAGCAUAUCAAGAAAUUCUCAAAGACUUAACUCAUCAUCGUUUCCUUGAUGAUUGUGCAGAUAUCGUUUUGUGCUGCGGCUCCAACAAAUCCAUAGAGUUGUUUGAUAUGAAUGCCGCCCGCUCUGUCCGCGUGGUCCUGGACGCCCACACUCGGCCUGCUCAUACGAUUUGUCAGAACGAGGUAAGUAAAGCAUUAGUCCAGUUCGGAUCCUCUCUCUGUCACUCCCUUUUACAUGACGACAGAACUUGACAGAGUGUGAGCCAGAACCGGACAAGUAACGCACGUGCGGUUUGGGCAGCGUGUGUCACAACCUGGCGAUGUGUCGUGACAACCUGGACAUAAAAUCCGAAAGCAUCGAUUCCCACUUUGUUAUGAUUCUUGGUAGUCCUGAGAUCAUCUCCUCGUCGCCACUGUAUCAUAUUCAAGUGGUUUGCCUCCUGUCAGUCAAGAUUUUUUACUCACGUAUUCGCCAUUUUCAAAUUGCCCAUAAUUCACCUUGUCCCGCCCCCCGAAAAAAAAAUGCAUAAACAUUGUCUUUAGUUUCUGUAAGGUACGACUGUAUGUUACACCCUUGAAAAAAUGGAAACAAUGGUUAUGCAAAAUUGGGUUGCGUGGGGGGGAGAUAACAAAGUGUAUUUUGGACAAUAUGAAAAUGGUGAAUUUCCUGGACCCCAUAAGCCAGUAAAUUUUGACCAUUACAAGCGACGUUAAGCUACGUGCAAACGGACGCAACAACUCUCAACAAUGUUGGAACCUGCAGUGCUUCGCGGGAAGGAUCUAACCCAUAAUACUUUGGAGACCAUGUGUAAUGCGCGUGCGUGGCCCCAACAAUGUUGGAAGAGCUGCGCAAACGGAUCCAACAUUGUUGCGCUACGCUUUGGCGAUCACGGAACAAAAGAGAUGUUUUGAGUUGUUGGCUGAAAAGUUUGGUCAGUUUCAAACUUCGCGCAACAACUCUCAACAACACUCAACAGGGUGUGCAAAUGGACGCGACUUGUUUCAUCCAACAAUGUUGCGUCCGUUUGCUCAGGGCUUUAUGAUUCGCAGUAAAAUUCGUUUAGCCUGAUGACUGAUGAAGCUUUCGUAGGUGGAGAAAAAGGGUUGUAAUAAUUUCAAGUCUUAAAAACUUUUUGUUUGGCUCUUCAUGACUUAGGGUUCAAUGUUCGUUUCGCACCCUCCCAGUGCCUAUGAUUUGUUUUUGACGGAUGCAGUGGCUGAUGGAAUAAAGUUAUGGGACCUGCGCACUAACAGGUGUGUCCGUCGGUAUGAUGGUCAUGUGAACAGAUCGCAACCAGUUGGACUUGACAUCAGUCCUUGCGCAAGAUAUAUCGCCACCGGUUCAGAAGACAGAUCGGUAAGUCGUUAAUUGUUGUCUUAUUAUUAUUAUAUUAUAGUUAAUUCAUAAUCUUAUUAAAGUUUUUGCCUUCAUUCUAAAACUAGCCGUAUGUCUAAGCGUAUUUAUCACGUAAAAUAAAGUGUCUUAUAUCCUUACUAAUGCGUGGUACCAGGUCGUUUCACCCGAAGGGCGAUUCGCCCAACGGCAGUCCGCCCGGACUUAAGUCUAUUCGCCCGAUGUUCGGCGAGUCAACCGGGUCUUACCGGCAGUACUAGGUGUUAGUGUUAGGAGGUACUUCGCUGCACUGGCGGCGUUGUAUACCUUUCAGCAAAAGCAAGUCGCGAGUGCCAGACUAAGGAACCCACACCUGGCUCCCUAGCACCAUAAAACUGGACGUACAAGGGACAAAUACAGAGCACGCGGGGGGCAAUUUCUAAACCGGCCAUUUGUUUUGGCACUGCUUCGAAUCUCAUUGCCAGGGCAGAAUUUACCGAUUUCCCCAUUUAGGUGUCAUUGCUGUUAACCUUGCCAUUUCUGCUUUGUUGUAGGCUUAUCUGUAUGACAUUCGAGGAAAUUCAUUUUGUCAUCGUCUCACAGGCCAUACAGAUGUGGUGUCAGGUGUGACAUUCCAUCCCGCUCGACCUCAGGUAUGCACAAUCUAUUAGUACCGAGACGGCUUCUUAAAGCUGCUAUGACAUGUUACUUGCUGUCCUUGUUUUAAAAGCUACAACGUUUCUUUGCAUAAAUUGCAUUCCAAAAAUAAUGGUCCAGCUUGUUAUUGAAGACUAUAUUUAGCAUUGAAAGAGUUUCCUGACUUCUUUUGCAAUGGAUGAGAGGAAUGGACAUGGAUUGAAACUUUUUAACAAAAGUUGGCCCACCUUUUUCAAGUUUUAAUGCUAUGCCUGCAAAAAUCACCAAAAAAAUUAUGGUUAGUGCUUCUUGAUGAAAGUUGUUUGAUAUCCUCUUCAGGAGCAUUUUGUGUAUUGAUUAGAGUGGUUUUCGUUUGAGUGUCGUAAAACCAAAACCAAAGUAAUUACUCUGGCCAAUCACGUAGGACACAGACAAUACAUUGAACCAAUCAAAACUCGAAGUAAUUACAUGUGGCUGACGCAAAGCGCGGGAAAAUGCAUGCGAGCGCGUCACAAUUGGCUUUGGUUUUACUUCUGAUUGGAUGAAAAGGUGGCGCGAAUCUUUUAAGCCAAUCGCAUCGUGUAGAAAGUGCAAAACCAAUUACUUUUCGACACUCAAAUGAAAACCGCUCUAAGGCACGAAGUAAUGACGUCAGGACAGAAUUGACCUAAGAUAGCAAUAUCCUCAUGGCACAGUCCGCAACACUAAGACACUCAGGGUUCCAAUCAGGCCCUUAGACGUUGUUUCGGACGCGAAUGUUUCUCAAUUUGUUCGCGCGGGAAACGAGAGGCGAGAAUGCUGCUAUCUUUGUCACGAGCUUGGGGCGUAUGAAAAAUCUGAGUUUCUGUCGGAAUUCGAUCUUGUGGUAUCAAAGAAUGUUGGUUGGUUACUCUGAGCUCUGAGCGACAGUGGAACUCCGGGUAAACGACCGGGUGAACUAUGCCAUAUACUUGUCUCGUUCCAGUCCGACUCUCCUUUCCCCAGACUCGCUGGGAAAAUUUCAUUAUGGUGACGUAACGGAAUCGAAAGGCUCUCGUUUGGCUCGAAACACACGUAACGCACUGACCGCGCCGCGAAAAUAUUGAGGCUUAGAAAUUGCGCGAGGUAUUUGCAGUUAUACAGCUGUUUCGAGAAACGUGCACGCGACAAUCCUGAAAGGUAUUGUGGAUGGUUUUGAUCUUCACUGUUCUACAAAGAAAUUUGAAAGAAUGGCACAAGAGGUCACGGACAUAUGUUCGCGAGCGCUAAUGGAAAGCAACAAAAGUAAGGAACAGUGUAAUCCCCCCUUUUGGGAUUGUCGCGUGCACAUUUUUUUCCGACAACCUUUCUCGAAAUUGCUGUGCCCUACGUACGGCAUCUAGGAUCAUCAACAUCAAAUUCAUCCCGGACAGUGAUAAAUAAUUAAACAAAGUAAAUGUAGAUCUCGAUAAAUAAAUAAUGGAAUUUUGAUUUGUCACAAGUUUAUGAAACAUUGAAACAAUUCCAAGCACGAAAAAAACAUUUAAGUAAUUCCAAGCGCGAGAAAACACUGGCCGCUUUCCAGUCUUUUAACAUUUUGGGAAAUUUUGAAAUGUGAACGAAUAGAACGAGAUUUUCUAGACACAAUUUUCUCCUAAAAUUCCUCCAAAAACUGGAAAAUUUCGAAAGAGAACAUUCAACAGAAAAUUUGGGAAAUUCCGGUGACAACAUCGAAUUGCGAUGAUUCAGGUACACUUUGAGAGGUUGUCUUUUUUCGGAGCUUUCGUAUGAAAACGGACGCUAAAAGAGUGUUCUAGUCCCUUUUUUGUUGUUGUUGGUUUUAAUUUGUUUGUUUUUCUGUUUGCCGGCAGGGUUCAAAGAAAGUCAGCUUUACAGCUUGUCAUCCGGGCAAGCUGUAGAUAGCAUGUACUGACCCAAGAGUCAUUUCAACUAGCCCGGAAAACAUAUUUUGAUGAACAGGAUUGAUAACAGUUCUUCUUUAAUUUGAAUUGCCCCAAAAACUUACCUUACCCGUCGGGCAAGAACAGAAUUCACUAGCUCAAUAGCAAAAUAAUCUAGCCACGACUUUCUUUGUACACUGAGUCGGCCUUUAUUGUUAAAAGCAAAACACCCAUUAUGUCUGAAGCAGUGCCAAGCGCCGAAAAAAGAUGUGAUACGUGGGCCGGCUGCACCGCAGGUUACCAACAGAAAGAAAAAAUAAAUGUUGGUUUCGCAUAUCAUCAUUUUUUUUUUCCACUCUUAAACUGGUUGAAAGUACAGUAAAAUGUCCUUUUUAUUGAGAAUACCAACCGCUUCCUAAUUUAUUACCUAGAAAUUAACUAUUUCACUUUUUUAUACAGCGUGCAAAUCCUCUGGUGAAUUUUGACAUCAUUUACAUGUUAUAAAAAUGGCGUUUUCAUUCGAUUUCACGGGCGAAAGCCGAAUUGUAGUGGCUACUAAGAGCAAAUGUCGUGAGUGUUGAGUUUUCAAAACAAUCACAUGACUUGCCUCGCUCAUUGUAGCAAAGUAUCUUGUUGCCAAAUUUGUUCCGGCUGGGAAUCGAUAUCAAGAUGAGUUUUACAGUCGAUUCUCUAUUUACUGUACUAGUUUCAUUCGCUCGAAAAGAUUAAAAACUCAGUAAAAUUUAAGUAUACAAGCAGGGCGCUAAGAGACCGGUCGACACUCUGCUCUAAAUUUAACGAUGUUCUCAUUGAUCAGCUUCGUUACAGCAGCGACAAAAUUCAUGAGACUUUUUAAGUUUUAAUGAUGCACUGUGACACUUUGUGGAAUUUUGUGAAUAUAAUGUGAUUCCAAAGCUGAAAUAGCUUGCUUUCAAAGGGCUAAAGUCACGGUAGUCCAAAUUCUUUCGUUUUACUUCAACAUCGACGUAGCAACGCAGUUUCUUUGGGAACUUUCCUUGAAAGGAUUAGGUAGCGUCGCCAAAUGUCGGCUGUUUUCUCAGGCUAGUUAAAGGACACAACCCCCUAUAGUUCGGUUUACUGGAUGAGCAGUGAUUGCGUCGGAGUUUUCAUUUUAGUUUAUUAAUUAUUUUUGGCGUCCAUCCCCAACUAUUGAAAAAGGAUACAACUUUUUGCGCAGACUCCUGUCUAAUCAAUUUAUGACUUACAGGAAGUUUCAACUGAAUUAUAUAAGUGCUAGAUAAAAUAUUGAAAUAUUACGUAAACAAUAUUGUUUUCAAUGGAGCUUUUUAGUUUAAGAAAUUGUCGAUCUCUCUCAAAGCUGGACAAUUCGUUGAAACUUUCGUGUUAUCAUAAGUUUCUUACUGUUUUUUUUUGCGUCUUCGAUUGCCCAGCUUCAUCGGAGCAAAAUUGCAAAAACGCGAGUAUUUCACGUCGCAAAAUUGACAGCCACGAUUAAAAAGCGGGAAACUUAACGACAAGAAGUAAAAGGCAAAAACAAUUCCUCCACUUGAGACAGGGGGCGAUAAUAAAUGUUUAUUUCCCUUCUACCAAUCGUGAAAUGUUUCCUUAAAACAACGGGCAAAACAGUAACAUCCUGUAUCACUUUUUAUAGUAAGACGAAGUAGCAAGCAUAAAAAAGCUUCCUUCUUUGUCAAUGAAACAAGAUAACCGACUGAUUCCUCAAUUGCAACGUGUUUAUUUUGUUUUUUGUUUACUGUAGCUUGUUACCGCUUCUCUGGAUGGUAAAUUACGCUUCUAUUCAGAUCAAGCUUGAAGAAAAAUCAUUUUU